AUUUUUGGGAAAUGCGCAAUGGAAAUUUAGUGCAUUGAUGCAUCAUUCAUAACAUGCUGCUUGGUCCCUGUGGUGCCUCUAAUUCCUAAAUCUUCCCUUAAUGCAAAUAACACCAUGAGUAGUGAAUUGAAUGUGCCAUCUGGCUCACCAGCCCCAGGAGCAUCUGAACGGGGUGGUAGCAUUGGUAACGGGAUGGAUUAUCGUGAUUGGGUACGCCGUAGCUACUUGGAACUUGUUACAUCCAACCAUCACUCAGUACAAGCCCUUUCUUGGAGGAAGCUUUAUCUGAGCAGAGCCAAACUGAAGGCAUCCAGUCGCACCUCAGCUCUUUUGUCUGGCUUUGCCAUGGUUGCCAUGGUUGAAGUACAGUUGGAGAUGCAGUACAACUACCCAAAGGUGUUGCUUGUCGCAUUCAGUGUUUGUACGACAGUGCUCGUUGCUGUCCACCUCUUCGCUCUGCUUAUUAGCACAUGCAUCCUGCCAAAUGUGGAAGCUGUUAGCAAUAUUCACAAUCUGAACUCCGUCAACGAAUCACCACAUGAACGCAUGCACCGCUACAUUGAGCUGGCAUGGGGCUUCUCCACAGCUCUUGGUAUUCUGCUGUUCUUGGCUGAUGUUGUACUGUUAUGCUGGAUUAAAUUCCUUCCUGUGGACUCGGGCGCUGUAGUUCCCAGGGUAAAUGGCUCUAUUGUUUACUCCUCAUCAGUAUCACCUGGGCAUGCUGGUUGGCAAGCUGCACUGGCUUCUACAAUCAUCAUGGUACCAGUGGGUCUGAUUUUCAUUGUGUUCACCAUUCAUUUCUAUCGCUCGCUAGUGCGUCACAAGACUGAACGCCACCACCAAGAGAUUGAAGAACUACACAAACUUAAGGUACAGCUGGAUGGGCAUGACAGAAAUCUCCACAUUAUUUAGUACCUAAACUUAAGUUGUGCUUUGAAUUUACAGUAUGAUUUUUAAAUGGACUGCCAAUGUACAAGCCUGCUAAUUCAGGAUAUGCCUUUUUCUUAAUAAACAAGGCCAAGACAAUGGGACGAGUGGAGGUGUAAUGGUACAAGUUAGGACACCAGCAGUCCCAGAAAUCCAAAAAAGAUCUGUCUUUAUACCAGUAAUGAGAAAUAAAUCUUUUCUGAGAUAUCCUUUGUAGCUAGAUGUAUAAGAGUUAUAUACAGUAUGUUGUAAAUGUUUACAGUUCAAAUCAUAUCCUUUCUUUUUAUUGAUGUUUAUUAUUAUUAUUACUAUUAUUAUUAAUAAUAUUAUGUAAAUGCUAAAUAAUACUUUACGAAUUUGUGUAAAAAUAUAUUACGUGCCAGUUGUUACAACCACAGAAAUUUAGAGCAAUUUGAAAAAUAAAGUGUCUUUUCAGGGGAGCAUUUGUGAAAAAUGCAGCCCCAUAAGAAAAUGGGACCAAAAGUUGCAAGAAAGGUCUGUGCAAUCAAUAGAGUGUGUUCGUUUUUGCAUGUGUGUCAUAAACAUUUCUGAGUGCAGGCUGACGUGUGUAUCUGUGUAUAUCAGUGAGGAGAGUUCUUAAAAGGGCUGAGAAUUAAAUUUCAAAAUGUGGAAAUCUAAAGUUGGCAAAGUUUCUAAUGCUGACAGAUUUGGUUAUAGUUGCAAAAAAAAAAUCGACUUAUGUGUCUUGUAAUUAACAAUAUAUUGUUUUAUUUGUAAUUAUUUAAUUGAUUAAAUAAUGUAAUAUCUUGAA